AUGGACGAGCACACGCACUCGAGGACAAGCACAUGGACGAGCACACGCACUCCAGGACAAGCACAUGGACGAGCAUACGCACUCGAGGACAAGCACAUGGACGAGCACACGCACUCGAAGACAAGCACAUGGACGAGCACACGCACUCGAGGACAAGCACAUGGACGAGCACACGCACUCGAGGACAAGCACAUGCACGAGCACACGCACUCGAGGACAAGCACAUGCACGAGCACACGCACUCGAGGACAAGCACAUGGACGACCACACGCACUCGAGGACAAGCACAUGGACGAGCACACGCACUCGAGGACAAGAACAUGCACGAGCACACUCACUCGAGGACAAGCACAUGCACGAGCACACGCACUCGAGGACAAGCACAUGAACGAGCACACGCACUCGAGGACAAGCACAUGCACGAGCACACGCACUCGAGGACAAGCACAUGGACGAGCACACGCACUCGACGACAAGCACAUGCACGAGCACACGCACUCGAGGACAAGCACAUGCACGAGCACACGCACUCGAGGACAAGCACAUGGACGAGCACACGCACUCGAGGACAAGCACAUGAACGAGCACACGCACUCGACGACAAGCACAUGGACGAGCACACGCACUCGAGGACAAGCACAUGAACGAGCACACGCACUCGAGGACAAGCACAUGGACGAGCACACGCACUCGAGGACAAGCACAUGGACGAGCACACGCACUCGACGACGAGCACAUGGACGAGCACACGCACUCGAGGACGAGCACAUGCACGAGCACACGCACUCGAGGACAAGCACAUGCACGAGCACACUCACUCGAGGACAAGCACAUGCACGAGCACACUCACUCGAGGACAAGCACAUGCACGAGCACACGCACUCGAGGACAAGCACAUGGACGAGCACACGCACUCGAGGACAAGCACAUGCACGAGCACACGCACUCGAGGACAAGCACAUGCACGAGCACACGCACUCGAGGACGAGCACAUGCACGAGCACACGCACUCGAGGACAAGCACACACAGUCGUGCACACUAACAGCUUCCAAACUCAGGUAGAGAAAAAAACCCAAGUUAACUGUGAAUCAGAACUCGGUCAUAAGACACGAACAGGAUAA